AUGGCACUUAAGGAAAGUCAUACGGUCAUUGAAUUGAAAGGUAGUGAAAGUCUUUUGAAUGAUCAACCUACUUCUAAUAAAUCGCCUGGAUCUGGACCGAGUACGGCAGCAUCUUCAAUUGUACAUCAGUCGAAUAUUUUUAUGAAAUAUGUUAGUUUAGUUGCAUUAACACUUCAAAAUGCGUUAAGCAUAUUAUUAUUACGUUAUGUGCGCACAGUUCCAGGAGAACGGUUUAUCAAAUCCACCGCAGUUAUUAAUUCAGAAUUUCAAAAAACAAUUUUAAGUAUACUUUUACUCAUUCAUGAAGAACGUAAUGUUAUUGCAGCUUUUAAAUUAAUGUAUAAUAAAAUUGUACGUCAACCUUAUGAUACAUUUAAAACUGGAAUACCAGCUUUACUUUAUACGUUGCAAAAUAAUCUUCUUUUUAUUGCUAUUUCAAAUCUCGAUGCUGCUACAUUUCAGGUUAGCUAUCAAUUAAAAAUUUUUACAACAGCUGUUUUAAUGGUAAUUAUCCUUCGUCGUCAAUUAAAUCUUGUUCAAUGGCUUGCACUCUUUCUUCUAUUUCUUGGUAUUUCUCUCGUACAAGUUGAAAAUAUGACAACAGCAACACCAAAACAAGAUGUGAAUGCUUUAUAUGGAUUAUUUGCUGUAAUGGCUGCUUGUACAUUAAGCGGUUUAGCUGGUGUUUAUUUUGAAAAAAUUCUCAAAGGUAGUGAUGUAUCUGUAUGGAUCCGCAAUAUUCAAUUAGGUAUAUUUGGAAUUUUUUUUGGUACAUUAACAAUGUAUUUAUCUGAUGGUGCAGAAGUAAAAGCAAAAGGAUUUUUAUAUGGUUAUACAAAUAUGGUAUGGAUUGCAACAUUAGUUCAUUCUGUUGGAGGUCUUAUUGUGGCAUUAGUUGUUAAACAUGCUGACAAUAUAUUAAAAGGUUUUGCAACAUCAGCAGCUAUUGUACUUUCAUGUAUUGUUAGUAUGAUGCUAUUUGAUUUUGAAUUAACAAUAUUAUUUACGUUGGGUUCAGGCUUAGUCAUAUUCUCAAUAUUUCUUUAUUCAAAAACCGAACUAAUUCUAUAUGUACCGAUUUUAAAUACCUUUAUCAACGACAGAUCAGUACUAUUUCAACACUAA